CACUUCAAUUUUACUAUUUUUAUUUAGUUUUACAUUUUUUCUUAAAAUGGAAGACAAUAAUAUUGGAAUGGAGUAUGGUUAACCAAUCUUUUCCAUUUCCGUCUCCAUCUGGAUGGUCGAUCUCGGAUUUUUCCGUCCCAGUUUUGCUCCUCGCUAGUAAACGCAAGAACCAUCUCUCGUAGAAAUCUCCUUCACACGCUUUCUGUAGAUUGAUGAUAUAAGGCGUCGUUGUUGUUUGUUUACCAAAACCCCCUUCAUCUGAUUCUGCCGUGGAAGCUACAGUUUGCAGAGGCGUUUUUUCAAUCCAAAGCUCCUCCAUUAGGAACCAUACUCCUCCCAGCUUCAUUUCUCUCUUGAUACUGUUGCUUGUUUGGGUCACUUGGAUUGGUUCGUACUCAGAUCCUAUAAUGAAUGAACAGCAUGGGAAUUCAGGGGCGAGCUCGACGAGUGCUAGUUUUAGUGGUAGUUCAUUGGGUACGCAGGAUGAUCAUACUAUUGCUAAGAUAUUAGGAGAGGAGGAAGAAAAUGCUUUGAAGCACACGAGCACGCUUGGAAAGAGGCUUUCACAUUUAGGCUCGAUUCCGCACGUCCCAAGGGUAAUUGAAGCCAUACCCGAUACUAAUGAUGCCACAUUGGACCACGCAAGGCUUUCUGAAAGGUUGGCACAAUAUCGUCUCACUGAAGUUCACAUGGAAGGAGAUGGGAAUUGCCAAUUUCGAGCCCUUGCCGAUCAGAUUUUUCAAAAUCCAGGUCAUCAUAAGUAUGUACGGAGGCAAGUUGUCAAGCAGCUAAAACGUUACAGAACACUAUAUGAAGGCUACAUUCCAAUGGCGUACAAAAGCUACUUGAAGAAGAUGAAGAGAUCAGGGGAAUGGGGAGACCAUGUUACUCUUCAAGCAGCAGCAGACCGUUUUGAGGCUAAAAUAUGUUUAGUCACUUCCUUUCGAGACACUUGCUACAUCGAGAUUAUUCCUAAUAAUAACCGCCAACCUUCAAAAGAGUUGUGGCUGAGCUUCUGGAGCGAAGUGCAUUACAACUCUCUAUAUGAAGUAGACGGAGCGAUCCCUACAAGACACCCGCGAAAGAAGCAUUGGCUUUUCUAGGCUGCGGCUAGAAUUACGAUGGGAGAAAGACUAAAAAUAGUAGUAAAACACAGAAAAAAACCAAAAUAGAAACUUCAUGUUUUUAUCCCCGGGCUUACCACAGUACAAAGUUCUAUUUUGUGGAUAAAAACAUGUCGCUCCUAUUUGGGGAUAAAGUUAUGUUUUACUUUUAUUUUCGGUGAUUUCUUAAUUAUGAUUUGGUUUGGUUGGUGCUGGGUAACAACUCAUCAAUGUCUGACAGUUCAUUUUGUGUUAUGGGUGUAAUUCAGCAGGAUUUUAGUUUACACAAUAUUAUACCAAUGCCUUGUACAUAAUAUUACAGAAGAGCAAUAAGAAUGAAUAUUUCUCUAGUAG